UGAGAACCAAUAGCCUGAUGCCUACCCCUGACCCCGUAACUUGUCCAGGCUCCUCAAGCUUGCCCUGGGUAGUUGUUAUAGAAGCCCAUAAACACUGAGAUCCCUCUGCUGGAUGACACAAGAAGCCCAUUUCAUAAAGCCACUAAGAAUCUCUGUAUGAACCAGUGGCACCAUCACACCCUGGUGAGGGCACUAUAUUACUGGGCCUGGCUCUAAACAAGCUCUUUCCCCUCAACCCCCAUUCCUUUAAGGAGGAAAGAAAGUGUAGAUCAGCAAUAAUGAAAUAUUCUGAUAUAUAAGGCCCACACUGUGAAGAGAUGAACAGGGAGACUCAAGGAGUUGGGAUCCCCUUUCUACUUAGACCUCUAACAAUCCCCAUGUAUCUCCUCCCCCCUCCUCUGCCAUCCAUGCUAUCCCAGGUACUCCAAAAAGUGUGGGUCCUGGUUAGUGUCUGACAUUGUCAGUAGCUGGUAUCCGUGGGGUUGAACAGGUAAAGUGUCGAAAGCUUGCAGGGUGUCUAUAAGCUAUACAGACUCCCCAGACCCAAACCUGCGUGGAUAUGAGCCCAGGCGGGACAAGGGACUGUCUGCACUUAGCAAGAAAGGAACAGGACUAGGGAGGUAUAUUCUAGAGAAUCUGGAGGUCACUGAACCUGAUCUCAUGCUUACUGCAAGAAAGCCAGUAACUCAGACCCUUCUCUCCAGAUGAAACCCUGCAGCUUCGAAGAACUGAGGAGGAGGAAGGCAGUCAACAGAAAAUGUAGCCAGCUGGGGAUAUGCUGGGGACCUACUAUUCCCUGCCCUUACUCUCCUAGGGGUGAACAAUAAAGAGAAGAGCAGGAGCCUGAGUACUGUGAGUUGGAGCCUGCUCUGAAUUACUGAGGAGAGGGGAGGAAAGCAGGGAAAUUCAGAGAGCUGACAGAACAGAGAAGAAAGCUUGGAACUGUCCAGGCAAUAAGAACCUGGUCCAGGAAGACCUUGCUGAAGCAGCGUACAAUAAUUGGUAUGAUUUAGCUAUACAUCUGUCAGUAUUGGGCCAGAGUGAUAGUACAGUGGGUAGGACAUUUGCCUUGCACACAGUUGACCUGUUUUCUAUCCUCGGCACCCCAUUUGGUCCCCAAGCCUAUCAGGAAUGUUCCCAAAGUGCAGAGCCAGGAGUAAGCCGGAGCACUGCUGGGUAUGGCCCCAAAAUAAAAUAAUUAAAGAAUAUAAAAAGGAAUUUGUCAGUAUUGGAGCCCCAGAGCACCAACCAGAGAGCAGCCCCCAAGUACCAAACUAGGAAUAGCUGAGCACUGCCAGGUGUGCCCUGCAAAACCCAAAAUCAAAACAAACAACAAAAUAAUUGCACCUAUCAUCUUUAAUUCCCACCACAAUCCUAGCGUUAGGGGGUUGUCAUUUCCAUUUUCCAGAUGGGGAGAUUAUAAAGCCAGAGAGCUUUCUCAGUGACAUACAAACUGCAUGGCAUUGUGGAUCUGCCAGCCCCCCCUAAAGUCAGCACAAAAGAGAGCAGCGAGACUAGAAUCUUCAGAGGAACUGCAUGGGGGUUCUGAGGGCGGGGCUGUGGUCUCUGAUCUCCGGUGCCUUUACUCAGGCCCCGCCUCUGCUUCUCGCUGCACUGCCUGAAAGUGUGGGGUGCGAGCUCUUCCUAGGACUCCCCAUCCCCUUGGGGAGAGAACUGCACCUCCCCAGGUCUUACCCAGGAGAAGACCCUCUUUUCCCUCACCUCUGCUCCUUCAGGCACAGGGGUGCCUCUACCAGCUUCCCCACUGCAUGCCUACCCCACCCCCGGGGGUCACCACUCUAGCUGAGAUGACUGUCAAGCUGGAUUUCGAGGAGUGUCUCAAAGACUCACCCCGCUUCCGGGCCUCUAUUGAAUUGGUGGAAGCUGAAGUAUCAGAAUUGGAGACCCGGCUGGAAAAGCUCCUCAAGCUGGGCACUGGACUCCUGGAAAGUGGGCGCCAUUACCUUGCCACCGGCCGUGCCUUUAUUGCUGGCAUUUGUGAUCUGGCCCACCUGGGUCCACCAGAGCCCAUGAUGGCAGAAUGUCUGGAUAAAUUCACAGAGAGCCUGAACCACAAGCUAGACAGUCACGCAGAGCUCCUGGAUGCCACCCAGAACACACUGCAGCAGCAAAUUCAAAGCCUGGUCAAGGAAGGUCUCCGGGGCUUCCGAGAGGCUCGUCGGGAUUUCUGGAGGGGGGCUGAGAGCCUGGAGGCUGCUCUCACUCACAAUGCAGAGGUUCCCAGGCGCCGGACCCAAGAAGCAGAGGAAGCAGUAUCAGCUUUGAAAGCUGCUCGAGCUGGGUACCGGGGACGGGCAUUGGACUAUGCCCUGCAGGUCAACGUGAUUGAGGACAAAAGGAAGUUUGACAUCAUGGAGUUUGUGCUACGUUUGGUGGAGGCCCAGGCGACCCAUUUUCAGCAGGGCCAUGAGGAGUUGAGCCAGCUGGCCCAGUAUCGCAAGGAGCUGGGUGCCCAGUUGCACCAGCUGGUCUUGAAUUCAGCUCGCGAGAAGAGGGACAUGGAACAACGGCAUGUACUGCUGAAGCAGAAGGAGCUCGGUGGGGAGGAGCCAGAGCCAAGCCUGCGGGAAGGGCCUGGUGGUGCUGUGAUGGAAGGCCAUCUCUUCAAAAGAGCCAGCAAUGCAUUUAAGACCUGGAGCAGACGCUGGUUCACUAUACAGAGCAACCAAUUGGUCUACCAGAAGAAGUACAAGGACCCUGUGACUGUGGUAGUCGAUGACCUUCGUCUCUGCACAGUGAAGCUCUGCCCGGAUUCAGAAAGGCGGUUUUGCUUUGAGGUGGUAUCCCCUAGCAAGUCCUGCCUCCUGCAAGCUGAUUCAGAGCGCCUCCUUCAGUUGUGGGUCAGUGCUGUGCAAAGCAGCAUUGCCACUGCCUUUAGUCAGGCUGACCUCGAGAACAGCCCCCAGAGUUCAGGCCAGGGCUCAGGACACCCGGCCAUGGGCUCUGCUACCACCAUGGGCUGUGGUGGUGUGACUAAGGGAAGGGAGCGUGGGGGAGGUGGGCAUGUGGCAGCACAAGUGCAGAGUGUGGAUGGCAACGCCCAGUGCUGUGACUGCCGGGAACCAGCGCCUGAAUGGGCCAGCAUCAACCUUGGUGUCACCCUCUGCAUUCAGUGCUCCGGCAUCCACAGGAGCCUUGGCGUUCAUUUCUCCAAAGUGCGGUCUCUGACCCUUGACUCAUGGGAGCCAGAACUAGUGAAGCUGAUGUGUGAGCUGGGAAAUGUCAUGAUCAACCAGAUCUAUGAGGCCCGUGUGGAGGCCAUGGCAGUGAAGAAGCCAGGGCCCACUUGCUCCCGGCAGGAAAAGGAGGCUUGGAUUCAUGCCAAAUAUGUCGAAAAGAAGUUUCUGACAAAGCUUCCUGAGAUUCGAGGGCGAAGAGGUGGCCAGGGGACCGCACGAGGAUACCCUCCGUUGCCCCCCAAACCUUCCAUGAAACCCCAGCUAGGAAGGUUCAGAUCCAAACCAGAAGCCCCUUCUGAUAGUCUGGAAUCCCUGCACCCUGGGGCACUGCUGUUUCGAGCUGCUGGGCCCCCUCCAUCUCUUCCUACCAUGGCUGAUGCUCUUGCUCACGGAGCAGAUGUCAACUGGGUCAAUGGGAGUCGAGAGAAUGCCACACCGCUGAUCCAGGCCACAGCUGCUAAUUCUCUUCUGGCCUGUGAGUUUCUCCUUCAGAAUGGGGCUAAUGUGAACCAAGCAGACAGUCAUGGCCGAGGACCACUCCACCACGCAACCAUUCUUGGCCACACCGGCCUGGCCUGCCUGUUCCUGAAAAGGGGGGCAGAUUUGGGGUCUCAAGAUUCUGAAGGCAAGGACCCACUGACCAUCGCCAUGGAAACAGCCAAUGCUGACAUCGUUACCUUGUUGCGAUUGGCAAAGAUGAGAGAGGCUGAAGUGGCCCAGGGCCAGGCAGGAGACGAGACCUAUCUCGACAUCUUCCGUGAUUUCUCCCUCAUGGCCUCAGAUGACCCCGAGAAGCUGACCCGGCGGAACCACGACCUGCACACGCUGUAACUCGGGCCGGGCCGCCGCCUGCUCCAUUAAAC